UACGUACUAGUGCAACGACAACGUGAGCUGGAAGUGAAAUCUACGUCAGUACAGUGUAUACAAAAUACCCAGGAUGGUGUACGUGUCAAAUGGUCAGGUGCUGGACAACAGGAGUCAGUCUCCCUGGAGGUUGUCUUUCCUAACUGACCUCUUCUGGGGUGCGGUGGAAUUCAUAGGGUUGUUCUUUCAGACAUUAUUUCAACCCGACCUCUCAAAGAAUGGAAACUCCAGAUCUUCCUCAAGAUAUGAUGAUGGCAGAGGCCCACCUGGGUUUCCAAGACCACGGAGAAUGGGGAGAAUAAAUCACGGAGGAGGACCAAGUGCCCCCCCAAUGGGAGGAGGAGGAUGAGGAAGGUAAACGCCCACACUUCAAGUGCGGGCGUAGGAUGCGGGGUAUCAGCUCAGUUGGUGCUGGCGCCGGGGUCUCUUGUCCUGGUGGUGGGCUCUCGUAACCACGGCCUGACAUAAGCAUCCUUCCUGUCCAGCAGCAUCUGCUUGUCUGCAGAUUCUUGAUGCUGUCCUGGGAAUUCCUUCACAAAGGGGCCAGGGCUGCUGAUAUGCUGCUUCUUUUAUCUUAAUUUGUCCUUUUCUCAGAUUUGUGCUUUUUGUAUACUGUACAAGGUAAAUGCUGUGUGUCCUGUAAAUGAAAGUUAUGUCAAGAAUUGAAUGCUUGUCUUUAAGCUUUAAGUUGGUAAAGUAGGCAUGUGAAGUGUGAUAACAAAAAGAUUUAAUAAAAGUAAAUUUUGGUUUUUCAUGGCUAAAUUAUUAAUCUCUGUGACAUUUUUCAUCUUAAGAUCAUUAGCUGAAGUUUGAUUUCUGAAAAUAAUGUGAAAUCUUCUGUCACAUGUUUAAUCUUACAUGUAGAACCAGUGUUGGCAUGUAUCAUUCCUAUUUUCUGUUAAGUUAAAGUAAGGAAGCCUCAGUGCAGUUGAAGACAAAAUAAGUUUAAAUAUAUAUUUAAAGGCAUCUCCACAACAUUACGCUAUUACAUUUUAGAUUUUCAUUCACUGUAAGCCUGAAUGUUUUGGGGUGGUGUACAUUUUGAAUAAAGACUGAAAUUAAUAUCA